GAGUCUUGAAAGGAGAAUACCUGACAAGUGUGGAUAGGAAGUCAUCAUCCAGCAUUUAAACGCUGGGCUUUUUUUUGUCAACAUCUCAAGUGAAAUCGGCAUGUUUGGCUAAACUAGACACCUUAAUCCAGCCCCCGUGCAGCUGGCAACUGUCACACUCGCAUCACAGCCACAACCUACAGGACACGCACCGGUGAGUACGGUUAACGUCGUUAGCAAGCACCGCAGCUAGCUAACAAAUGAAACCGUAUUCGGUCUGAGCUGCUGCGGGGCCCGAGUCAACCGCAAGCCGGCUGCAGUAACCCGAAGUUAAAGCCAGAGACCAUGCACUGAGAGGUAACUUUGUCUUCAGGUGGAGAAACCAACACCAGCUCCGUGCUGCAAGAUUUUGGCUGUAGUUGGGCUCACAUCGGAUGGGGGACAAAGUCACUGCGCUCAUCCUACAAGCUGAUUUUGAAAAUUCAGCUACUAUGCCUUCUGCUGGAUUGCUUUUGUAAAUGUGGUAGCCAUGGCUUCUCGCAAGGUAGACGAGCUACCCAGUGACACCAAGGAUUUAGCUACAGUCUCCGAACAGCUUUUGCGACGUGGCCCUGAUGAUAUCACGGAAGAGCUUCAGUCGGAUACGCCAAAUGCCACGGUGAAAUCUCAGAAAUCUGGAAAAUUUAGGAGGACUGCCCUGACAUUUUUUGGAGUUCGUAAAAGUAUCUGUAUUUUACCAAGUUUUUUUGGAGGAAGGAGUAAAAAUCAGAACAAGUGGUCUUCUAAGAAAGGACUCUCCAAAAGCAGAACACACGAUGGGCUAAGCAAGGUUAGUUGUGAUGAGAGUCUGAGAGGUAGGUACACCUCAGCUGGAGAUUCUGAAUACCACAGCCAGAGAGAAUCUUCUGGAGAGCUCCAAAGUAGCUAUCACAAUGAAUGUAGUCACCCCACCGCUGAGCAGAAAUCACUGACCCUCGGCCGGCAGAAAAGGGGCUUGAGGAGUCUUUUUAGCAGUUUUAAGCAUCACAGAAACCAUCGAAAUUUUGGAUUGGAUAAAACCGAAAUGAUUGCAAUGUCCUCUCCUCACUGCAAGACAGAGGUGCCUGUUGUCCAGGACAACACCAACCAGUAUGUCACAGAGUGCCUGGGACCUGAACCUGAUGUGCCUGAUUUUGCAGAUGUUAUAUGUAAUAUUUCCAUGGGUCCUGAAUGUAGUUAUGCUGAUGCAGUGGCAGUAGAGAAGAGUGUAGUGCAAGAAAGCCAAAAGUCUGAGCUUGACGAUCAGGUGUGUGAUGAUCAAAUGGAGGAAAUGAAUUUGAUGGCUGUAGUUUCCAGUGAUUAUGAGGAGACUUCCAGAGGACAAAGCGAGCCUUGCCUCAAACUUCAGAUGAUGUCUGAGCCUGUAUUGAAGUCUGAAACUCCUGCUGGCUCAUCGGAUCAGCUAAACCUGAUUUUUGGAGACGUUGCAUCAUUAAAGAGCUUUGACUCACUCACUGGCUGCGGGGACAUCAUUGCAGACCAAGAGGAUGACAGCAUCACAGAGAGCACAGUUUCUGGAGAAAGGAGCAGAAAUGGAGGAAAGAGGGCCUCUUGUUAUCUUACUUAUCAGGGUGGCGGUGAAGAAAUGGCCUCACCUCAAGAUUUGGAUGAAGAGUGUCUUCAUGAGUUCUGGGAAAAUAAUGCCCCUGAAGAAAUCUGCUGUACUUGCAACCAGGAUCACAAAGAUAUGACUGCCGAGCUGACAAGUUCUCACAAUAUGGACUUAUUGAACAGCAACAGUGCACAGCAAGCCAGUGGCAUGGACACUUCAUCAAUUGCUGAUGUGUUAACUCCUCAAAGUGAGCAUCAAGAAUCAGUUCCAAAUAGCGACGAGGGCUACUAUGAUUCAACUACCCCAGGGCCAGAUGAAGGUCAAGAAAAAACUGACAGACUAAGUACAGACAGAUUACCCAGGGACAGUUACAGUGGUGAUGCCCUCUAUGAACUUUUUGCGCCUGAUGAGAGUCUCAUCAGUCCGCACUAUGAAAACAAAUCAAAACUGCCCAGUUCAAAACAGUGCGAGUAUUUAAGUGAGCCAGUGGAUGUGACAGAUUCUGCCUUUGUUCCAGAAAUGAAUCGAUUACAAAUAAGUGCUGAUCUGUACAAAGUUCACGAUUUUCUAGAUGGCAGUAAAUCCUCGGAGUUGGCACAAAACGUGGUUGGUCGGCAGGAGAUCGGCUUGAAUAAAAACUGUAAUUUAAAUUCAAAACCACAAGCAUUAGGCAACAAGAGUAAUAUAGAACCGGAUGUAUUUGAUGAAAAGGGAAAUAUGCUUGCGGCUACUGAAAAAAGAACAAAAUCCAUUAAUGCUGACCGUGAGAGAAGGCAUAGCAGCAUAUCAUUCGGAAGCACAUCUGAUCCAGAUUUUGAAACAUUUUGUGAACCCAAAGAGCAACAUCUUGAGGAAAACAAGCCUGUGGCUUUACCAUACAGAAAUAUCAAUUCUCAGUCUCCAGAUUGUAACAAUGAUUUGGAUGAUGGGCAAACUGUAUGUUUCUCACAAGCACUUGAGGACUAUACAAAGCACUCUCAGAUGCUGAGUAACUUGAACAACCGUGUGGAUGAUCUGGAGACAAACUCUGCCUUCACUCCAAAUAUGGAUGCUUUACCUACCAUAGUGACAUUUGAUGUAGUGGAUAUGCAUAAUGAGGGUGAAUACGACGAACAGAUUCACAUGGAACUGGAGGAGGACAUUUCAUCGCCCUAUCAGGAAUUUGAAGAAAGCUACCUACAAAAAGAUGCAUUUGCUGAUUUUGACUAUCAAAUGUUAGACCUGUACGAACAGAACCUGAUCAGUAAUACAUGGGCAAUUGCUAGUCUCCCACGGCACCUAGGCCUUACAAGAGUCAGUCAGUCCAUGCCUAAUCCAUUGUCUCUGGACAGGAGAAGUAGAUCCCUAGACACAGAGAGCCUUGAGUUGAAGAUGCCUGACACAUACAGAGAUGAAAGAGCUGCAAUCAUUUCUUGUCCUCAAACUGAAAAGGAACCAGAAAGAGACUCUUCACCAUAUUACAAAAAGAAUGUACUUCUGUCUGCAUCGGAUGUUAAAGACAGUAGCAGCCUUAUGGCCUUAUCAUGGCAAACAAGGUCAGAAAUGGCUUUAAGCCUUCCCCUGACAGAUGGGGAGAUCACUGAAAAAGGACAGUGUGUUAGUCAAGCCCAAGUAAAACACAAAAUAUUUUCAUCCAGCAGUGAUUUUCCGGACAGUAAAUUGCAACAUCUUUGUUCUAAUGUGUCCGAGAGAGUGUCCUGUGAUUUAAUGUCACAGAAUACAGAGCUUUAUGAUAGACAGUGUCAGCUUCCCUUGCAGUCAGAUCCUUGUUCACCUCAUAGCACCUUUGUUUAUCCAGGAAAGGUGCAGGAGGUAUCAGAUGAUAUUGAUGUUGACAUUUUUUGUAAAGCUGCCCCUAAUUUGCAGGCCUACAACCAAUGUGGUAAAAGCAGAGCAGUGGCUAAUAGGGAGGGAAUAUCUCAUACUGGGAGUCCUUUAAACGCAGGUUUGUCUAAAGAUGAAAUGGCCGUCCUCAGUGAAACAAGAAAACCCAGGGAUGUGGCAUGCCCUGUUGCCUGCAACAAACUCCCCGAGACAGCCUUUAAUUGAAAGGCUCUUGAUCAUAUUAACGUAUUAAGAUCACAUUUAUAUGUGCCAAUGAGUGCUUUUAUGUUACAUACAGAGGAGUAAUGUUGCUUAAUUUUUAAUUGAUUCCUUUGAGAAGUAGUUGUAUACUGUGAUAGACAGGACACAAAUUCAAAUUAGAAAUUGUUCUGAAAUGUGGAGUCUGUGCCAUCAUGUUGUGUCAACUACAGGGCUGUCUUAUUAGGAAGUCAAAAGGGAUUUUCUGCAUUGCACGGUAACAGUUGCUUGUCUCACACAGAUCACAUAUGUGUCAGAUAACUGAAGGUAUUUAAGGGAGUAAUUGUAUUUGCAUCGGAAAUGCUCAAAUAUUCAUCUCAUUAAGCUAUUGAAUAUUACAAGUAUGUUUUUACUCAUAUGUAGCCUCAGUAUCCAGGUCUCAAUAUUACUGCCACACUUAGAUUAAUGGGUAUUAAUUAGCCUGGUCUCCAUAGCCCAGCCAAACAUUGCUAGACAAGUCUUGCUUACUUAGCCAGUUGCCUCUAAACACGUAUGCUUUUGCUGUAAGUGCCAGUUUAUGUUUGUCUUUACUGCUUUUUCACAGCCUCUCUUUGCUCCAGUUAGGUAUAUAUUGGCCUGUCAUGAUGCUCAAAUGUAAUGUUUAUAGCUGUUUUCUUGGUUUACCACAUUUCGGAACAGAUUGGGUUUAGGAUACAAAUGAGGAGGAAUAUCUCAGAGGGGAAUAUCUCAAUUCAGAGACAGGGAUACCUCGAUCCGCUACAGAGAACGUCUCUUGAAAUUUUCAUGGAGUAUAUUUGAAAUGCAUUAAGUUGUUACUGUAUUUUGCUAAAUCACAAAUAUCUAACAGGAAAUGUGCCGAUGGAUUGGCAUUUCAUUUAUACACUGUAGACAGCUCUGCAAGGCAAAGCCACUUUAUCUGUAUAGCACAUUUCACACACAGCUACUCUGUGUAUGAAAGUGCUUUACAUAACACAUUGAGGAAACAGAUUAGAAACAGCCAGUGUAAAAUAUAAAAAAAAAUAAAAAAAAAG